AGUCAAUCGGCCAAUCGGCUUUUCCCUGGCUGGGGGAUCAAAGCUUUGGGAAGCUCCAGGAAAGUGUCCUAGGCUAAAGGGGUCUGUGUGCCGUUCCCCUGGAUGUGGCAGUUCAAGCCGGGGCUGAGGGGAGAGUAGGGGGACUAAGUGUCAGUUGCUAGCAAUGCAGGUGGAUCACUGCCUCUCUUCCUCUAUGAUGCUCUCCAAGAAAUUCCUAAGUGUCACCGGCAGUUACCCCCAUCCAGCAGCGCCUGAGCUGGCUUUGCACGACCAUCCCAUUAUCUCCUCCGCUGACAACCUGGAGAGAAGUUCACCUCUGAAAAAAGCGACUGUCAGGGGGAUGACGAAUCAGUCGGAGGCUGACAGUUUCUCUGGCGCUAAGGACGCACCGGGGGACGGCCAGAGGAGUAAGCUGUCUCCUGUCUUGGAUGGGGUCUCUGAGAUUCGUCACAGUUUCGAUGGAUCUGCAGCAGAUCGUUAUCUCCUCCCUCAGUCCAGUCAGUCCCAGUCUGCUGCCUCUGCUCCCACUACUACUAUGUUCCCUUAUCCCAGCCAGCAUGGAGCUGCUCACCCAGCCUUCUCCCUCGGAAGCCCCGGCAGGUACAUGGCGCACCACCCUGUCAUCGCCAAUGGAGCUUACAACAGCCUCCUGGGCAAUUCUGCCCCGCAAGGAUAUCCCUCCGCCGGAUACCCCUACAGCCAGCAGUAUGGCCAUUCCUACCAGGCGGCCCCCUUCUACCAGUUCUCUGCCACCCAGCCCGGACUGGUCCCUGGCAAAGCCCAAGUCUAUCUGUGUAACAGGCCACUCUGGCUCAAGUUCCAUAGGCACCAAACCGAAAUGAUCAUCACCAAGCAGGGCAGGCGUAUGUUCCCUUUCCUGAGUUUUAACAUUUCGGGGCUGGAUCCCACGGCGCAUUACAAUAUUUUUGUUGAUGUGAUUCUGGCUGAUCCCAAUCACUGGAGAUUCCAAGGGGGCAAGUGGGUACCUUGUGGCAAAGCGGACACCAACGUUCAAGGCAAUAGGGUGUAUAUGCACCCCGACUCGCCCAACACCGGGGCCCACUGGAUGCGCCAGGAAAUCUCUUUUGGCAAAAUGAAACUUACCAACAACAAAGGGGCGUCCAAUAACAACGGGCAGAUGGUUGUGUUGCAGUCUUUACACAAGUACCAACCUAGGCUACAUGUGGUGGAGGUGAAUGAAGAUGGCACAGAAGAUACCAGCCAACCUGGCAGGGUCCAGACCUUUACCUUCCCGGAGACCCAGUUCAUUGCGGUGACAGCCUACCAGAAUACCGAUAUCACGCAAUUGAAAAUUGACCACAACCCAUUUGCCAAAGGAUUUCGGGACAACUAUGACACGAUCUACACCGGCUGUGACCUGGACCGGCUCACCCCCUCCCCCAAUGACUCCCCCCGCUCCCAGAUUGUGCCGGGGGCCCGCUACUCCAUGGCCAGCACCUUCCUGCAGGACCAGUUCGUUAGUAAUUACGCCAAGUCCCGUUUCCACCCCCCGGGAGCGGUGCCAGGGCCGGGAACUGACCGCAGCGUCCCCCAUACAAACGGGCUGCUGUCGCCUCAACAAGGGGAGGACCCCGGGGCCCCGUCCCCGCAACGUUGGUUUGUAACCCCAGCCAACAACAGGCUGGACUUCACCUCCGCUUCUGCCUACGAUGCGGCCACAGACUUUGCCGGCAACGCUGCCACCUUGUUGUCCUACGCUGCGGCCGGAGUCAAGGCGCUUCCUCUGCCUGGAGGUGGCUGCACAGCCCGCCCUCUUGGUUACUAUAGUGAUCCCACUGGCUGGGGGGCACGGAGCCCCCCUCAGUACUGCACUAAGUCCGGCUCUGUGCUGCCGUGUUGGGCUACAGGGGGCAGGAUGGCGGCCACUAACCCUUACCUAACAGGCAGUGAGGAGGUAGAAAGUCUGGCAGCUACAGACAGGUCUCCUUUGGGUGAGGACACAAAACCCAAAGACCUGUCCGACUCCAGCUGGAUCGAAACCCCUCCUUCCAUCAAGUCUAUGGACUCCUCCGACUCCGGGAUAUAUGAACAGGCCAAGAGAAGGAGGCUCUCACCCUCCGACCCUGCGGUGCCGGGCAGCUCCUCGCCAUUAAAGAGUGAAGUGGUGCCCCCUAGGGACUGUGAGAAAAACUGCACCAAGGACCUGAGUUAUUAUGGUUUCUACACUCACACUUAGGGCCACCACACAACUCCUUCAUGUCCUUCAUACAAGGUCAGGCAUCCUGAGGACAAUCACUGGCCAAGCUGACAUUGGUGAGACUUGAAAUCACAGCACUAACGCUUUGCCCUAUGGCUUUACACAGUCAUGUGUCUCCAGGGGCAACAAGCCCCUCAGCAGCACUAACACCCAACCGUUACCCUCUGCCCGGGUCUGGCUAUACUUAUAUCCCGACUCUCUCACCAGCUCCAUGUCUCUUCUCAGCCUGUGGAUGUCUCAGCACCUCGGACAGCAAUGGGAUGUUUCAGCACCAAGGACAGCGCAAAGCUCCAUUCCUAUUCCUUUCCAUUGGAGUCUUGUUUGCGCCUGAACCGCAAUACACACAGUUUUCUCCCAUGGUCUUUAUCGUUCAUGGUAGGGCUGCGGUCCAGACUUCUGGUAAAUCUAUCAAAUGACUCUACUAAUGAUGUUAUUUUUUAUUUGUCGCCUUUAAAGUCGCCAGCAGACUUUACCUACUGUUGCUGAACUACAACUUCUAGCACACCCAAGGCGGGGUGAUGGGAGUUGCAGUAUAAGAUCAUACCUAAGUCAGAAUUUAUUUAUAAACCAGUGGUCAUUUAUUUUUAUUUUUUGUAAUGGUUUAUUAGAAACUAAAAAUAAUGUCACCCCCCCCCCAUAUGCGUUUGACUGAUGUUAGUGUCAUAAAUACACGAUUUAUAUCUAAGGGAAAAUCCUCUUAUUUAUUGUGCCAAAUGAAUGCUGUUGCCAAACUUUCUAUUCAGCCUCAUUUACACGGACCAGCAUUUGUAUGAAUUCCUCGCAAUCGUAUGUACGAAAGAACAAUCCAUUUAAUAGAUCCUGUUUGGGGGUGUGGGACUGCUGGCAACCUGUGGUCAAGUCCGGUGAAAUCGAAUUGUAAAUUGUACCCUUAAUGCUUUUUAGAUUAAAGGCCCAUUUUCUAUAA